AUGGCUGGCGAGGUAUCCUGUGGUAUCCUGUGGUAUCCUGUGCUGGCGAGGUAUCCUGUGUGGGAGAGAUUUUGGUUUUUACGAGGACCCCCGUUCGAGACCGUGGGCGGCACCUGGCAGCUCUAUUUGGAAGAGGGUGGUCCAACAGCAGUAGCACCUGCGGUAGCUAGCAGCGGCUGCAGGAGUACGGCAGCAGUAGCAGUAGCCGCACCCCCAGGGGCGGGGGGCGGUCCGCAUCCCGCUGGCGUGGCAAUUCCCAUGUACCUGCACAGCGAGCUUCGGCUGCUUGUGAUGGGCCGGACGCCACUUCUGGCCGCUGGUCGCCGCGUUCGCAUUGCGGCAGUGCCCCCCAGGUCGGCUCCCGCAGCGACCAGUCCCGCGGUGACUCGGCUGCUGCCCACUCGCUUCAUGGUUCCGGAGCUUCCACCAUCUCUCCUGAUGGGGGGCUCCACCGCGGGUACCGCUCCAGGGUGCCCCGCCGCCGCCGCCGCCGCCUCCCCUGGCGGCAUUGGCUGCUGGUUAAGCUCCUGGCCACAUUUCGAUGCGCUGCGCCACGGCGGUACGGAUCCCUUGGGACUCAGCCAGGCCUGCGAUGGCGCUCUGGCGGCUGUGGCCCGGGGAACUCGCGCCAAGGUGGCUGGCUGGGUGGUGGCGCGUGUGGUGGCCGUGGGCGCGGCGCCGCCUAGGGAGCCUGGCGCCUUCGACAGAUACCGGAGACGUGUUAUCUCCCUGAUUGACCCGUCGACACCGCCAGGGGCGGCUACAGCCGCCGCCGGGGCCGGCGCCGCCGCUGCUCCGACCGUCAGCUUGGACUUGUUCGGUGACGCGGUGGUACUGGGGGACUUGUUACUGGCAGGGGAGGUCAUCGCCAUGUACGAACCUACGGUGCAUGUACGGGAUACGGCGGCGGAAGGAGCGGUGGCGGCGACGGCGUCGUUGUCGUACGAGCACACCACAGACACGAUUCUGGCAGUGUUGCCGUCCUGUUGGGGUCUGACGGCGCCGGAAGCGGCGGCGGCGGUUCCGACGCUGCCGUCGUCGGGGGUAGAUCUGAUGGAUGUGGAUGGAGAGACGGCGGCGACGGAGGCGACGGGUCAUCUGGGUCGUCCCAACUGCGGCGGUUCGGGGGAAGCGCCGGCAACGGCUCCCACCACACAGCAGCAGCCGCAUUCACAGCGGUGGUGCCUGCACCCCAAAUCUCCAGGCCAAGAGCCCCGCCAUGCAUUGCUAGGUCUGUGCAGCUUGGCCCCAUCGGCACAUCUUGGAGGUCUGGGCUGGGUAAGCGGUGGCAGCUGUGACGGCGCCGCCGCCGCCGCCGCCGCCGCCGCUGGUGGUGCUAUUGAUGCCACUGGUGCUACUGUAAGCGCUGCAUUAGCGGCGGCGGUUGGAUGUACCGCAGCUCCAGGGCCCGGCGAUGGCGUCACCUGUCGUACAGUAGUGGUGGCGCGAGUCCAAGCGGUGCUGGGCUACAGCCAUGGCGCCGGGACGGCGCACGGGGGUCGUUUGCGGGUGCUGCUCAACGACGGUACGGGUGUAGUGGCGGCGGAGAUGCACCUGGCGCGGGGCAGUAAGGUGCCGUCGUACAUGCGGGAAGGCCACGUCGUCAUUCUGCUAGGUGCCGUACCGCUGCCUGCCAACAGUGCCUCCGCCGUCGCCCUGGCUGCCGGCGCGGCGGCGGCGGCGGCGGCGGCGCUGCAGCAACACCGCCGCCCCCAAGAACGCACCCUGACUGUCAGUACGACUCCAGCCGCCGUCACCGCCGCCGCCGCGGCGGAUGGUGCCGCGCUGGCGACCGAAGUGCCGAUCCAAGCCCUGUCGUGGAACGAGACGGCGCCGGAAAGUGAGGCGCAUAGCCUGACGUCGAUGCCCGCCCAUAUGACAACGCCGCCUUUGGUGUCGUACACAUGCUUGGCGGCGCUGCGGCGGGCGCAUCAGUACCUGACGGCUUCCCAGGCCCCGGCCAACGAGCAGUGUUGGCGAGAACAGCAACAACAUUCGCACCGCCAUCAAAACAAGCAGCAUUCGGCGGCAGUAGCACCAGCAGCGCCGCCGCCGCGGCUGCAUUGGCCCGUGGACGUUCUCUCCGCCGUCGCGGCCGCCACCCGCGAGCUGCCGGACCCUCGAGGUAUCUGGAGCCGCGAUGUGCCGUACAUAACGCGCCCCUUCGUCCUGACUCCGAGUGGUAGCAGGCAUGAAUGUGCUGACGGCAGCGCCGGCGGUGUCGGGGCAGUUGCGGCCGUGUGCGCAUGCCCUGGUUUCGGAGCGGCCACCAGGCCAUCAUCAUCAUCAUCAGCAGCAGCACCAUCAUCAUCAGCAGUAGCAGCAGCAGUAGCAGCAGCUGCAGCAGCACCACUAGGCGCUGUGCCGCCGCCACUUUGCAGCUGCAACGGCGGCUGCGGGAGACCUUCGCCGCUGGCGGCUGAGUCGGGUACGGCGGCUGAGUGUACGGCAGAUGUGUGGUGCGGCGCGUUGGCAUGUGUUGUGGUGAUUCGGUCAGCCGUCGUGGAGACGCAUCGUGUGCACAGGCAAUGCGGCCGGCCGGUACAGCGUGCCGCAUCCAUGUUCCUGGACUUCGAGUUUGAUGACGUGGACAACGAUGGUGGCGGAGGCGGAAGCGGUGGCGGAGGCGGUGGCGGAGGCAAUGGCGGUGGCGGGGGCAAUGGCGGUGGCGGAGGCGGUGGCGGUGGCGGUGGCGGUGGCGGAGGCGGAGGCGGUUCUACAGCUGCGCCGCCCACCGGCGCUGAGGCUACUGCUGCUCAGCACACCGCAGCUGCAGCUUGUGCUACUGCAGCUGACGCAGCCGCCACGUUACCUGCUGAUCAUGGGGCACUACAUAGCCUGCUGGGUGUUAGCGCCGCCGCGUUUCACGGACUGGGGACUGCCCGACGACGGCGAUUGGUGGAGAGCUGUCUGGUCGACCCUCGAGGUGGCCCCCGACGAGGCCUCGUAGCGCUGUACGCUAGACCUUGGCCGCACCGGCACCAGCAAGGACAGCAACAAGAGCAGCAACAAGAGCAGUACCAGCACCAGCAGCACCAGCAGCACCAGCACCAGCAGCAGCAGCACCAGCAGCGUUCUGCGCGUGGUGCCGGCCCGGUGGCUGCUCUGAACUUCGACGGCUGCAGCGGCGGCGGUGCCGGUGGUGCUGGUGGUGCUGGUGGUGGUGAUGGUGAUGGUGGGUGUUGUCCGCUGUCCUUGAGUGACUACUGGGCAGUGGCUCAGUUGCAUCUCCUGGACUAA